GGGCGGGGCUUGUUGACACGCACAUAUAACAUAGGAAGUGGAGUCGGCUGGACUUUGGAGCCUACUUCAUUUCGCUAAUUAGCGUUCCGCCAAGAGGUCAAGGACGGCGAGGUAAGCGCAGAGUGACACCAUGGCAACAGACUUGGUCAAAGUGCUUCACCUCCUGGUUCUGUCUUUCUCCUGGGGAGUGCAGGUCUGGGUCUCCUUCAUCGCAGGUUUUGCGUUGGUGCGGCAGGUCAGCCGGCACACCUUUGGCCUGGUGCAGAGCAAGCUCUUCCCUGUGUACUUCCACUGUCUGCUGGGGAGCAACGUCGUCAGCCUGGCCGUCUACGCCGCGUACCACCCUAGGGAACUGCUUGACGGCCACGAAAGUGUGCAGAUGGCCCUGUACUUCGCGGCGCUGGUCUUGGCGGGCCUGAACGCCCGAUGGUUGAGCCCGACGGCCACCGAGUUGAUGUUUCAGAUAAGGGAGGUGGAGGAGGAGCACGGCCUGGGGAACCAGAUCGGCCUGGGCAGCCAGAAAGAGGCUUACGCUAAACUCUGGGAGAGGGACCCCAAGUACAAGGCUUGCAAGCGCAUGUUCGGCCUCUACCACGGCCUGUCCAACCUCUGCAACCUGACAGGGUUCAUCUGCACCACCACUAAUCUGACCUACGCAGCUCUGAAUCUAUCCACCAUUUAGAGAGGGGGAGGUCACACACACACACACACACACACACACACACACACACACACACACACACGCAAAUAUAAGUGUAAGAGACAUCAUGUAACUGGGAUUAAACAGAGUUUUGCUUCCCUGCUAUUGCGCACACCAGCUAUUAAGAACAAAAUGAAUCACCGAACCUCAGGUGCUGUGUGUGUGUGUGUGCAAUUCACGUACAUUCCCAGCAGGGGGCACUGUUUAGACACAGGUGCAUUCAGAGAAGAGCUUACUGCUGAGCACAGCAUAGAUUAUUGCAUUUAUAUUUGUAAAAUAUGGUGGUUUUCAGAUAUUUUGUUGAUAAAUAAAAAAUUUUUAUUAACUUGUGA